UUGGGGGGUCUCCAGCUCUGCCUGUGUCACAUGGAAGCACAGUAGCUGAGCCGAGGGGAUGCGAGAAGAGAUGGAGGGGGCUUGAGGGACCGUGGAGGAGAAAAAGCUGCCACUUGGAGAUAUUAUUGGAGAUAACAGCUGCAGCAGAGGCGGCGGCGGCGGCGGCGGGGCAACAGAUAGGCAACACUUCCCAGCCUCCCUUCGGGCUGGGGAGCAGAGGAGCGCGGAGCAGGGCGCACAAGGGGGUCAGCGGGCGCUCAAAAGGAUGCCACAUGCAAUAUGCUGCAUUCCCGUCCUGUGAAGCCCAGGAACAGCCGAGGUAUUCGCCGUUGAUCGAUUAUGCUGGCGGGGAGCGCCUGGUCCGAGGGGAAACUGAAGGAAGCGACCGGGGUUGACGCUGCGCCUCCCCAAAGCUGAAUCCCAGUGCGACCGUGGCUCUUCCCUGCGUGCAUGAGUGUAAGGGUGUGAGUGUGAGUGUGUGAGAGCAAGCGAGCGUCAGCGCUCCCACAUGGCCUCCAUGCAGGACGGGCUGAACUUCACGGCUCCUCCCUACGGCAAGGUCCUGCUGCUGGGUGCUAUCGCUGCUGCCUCAGCCUUUGUUGUUACGAUCCUCAUUGUGGUGCUCUGCGUGGGCUGCCAGAGGAAGGGAAAGACACACAAUGUCCCCGGCGAGGGCGGAAAACACCGACUCAUGGACAUGGGUAUACUCAGGCAGUCGAAGCUGCGGUCCAUCAGUAAAUCAGAUACUGAGAUGAACAAGAUGAACUGCAAUGGCAAAAAGGCAUCUAAAAAGCAACGUCCAGCCAGCAUGGACCUUCUGCUGCUGCCCAGCCGCUGGUCUAACUCUGACCUUCGUUCUCAAGGCAGGCAGCUUCCCCAGAUCCCCUCUGGGACUGGAGAGGACGGCGAGCACACUUAUUCUGAAGUGGGCCGGCGCUCCUCCACCACACGUACUGACGAUGCCCUCUACGCCAUGGUAGGCAGGGCCGGGCAGACGGACACUCCGGCCCCUCCGGCCGUCCCUGCCAACACCCCGGCCCCCCCAGACCCAGACGGGGACGUGGAAGGAGGGCUGCCUGAACCCGAGGCCCAGGUCAUGUCUCCACCUCACCCGCCGGAGACGGCCGAGUACGCCUGCGUCAGGAAGCUGAGGAAGGCCGACAAGGCGCCUCAAAAGAGGGACAGCGGGACGGACAUGGGGGAACCGCCGGCACCGCCUCCGCGACACGCCCCGCCGUCACACCCAGCCCCUCAUCCACCACACCCCCACAGCACAAAGUUGCCCCGCAGAAACGUUGAGGCCUUUAACGUCCCGUCAUUCCCAAAGGAGGUGAUGUUUAUGGGAAACGGAGAGCAGUACAUCUGGAAGCCUCCAGAGGACGAUGACAUGCUCAUGCUCCAAAAUAAAGCGCUGGCCCCGCUGGGUGCCCACACGGUGGAGAAUAUACAACCGUCUGCUGCAGCGGUGGCUGAGAUGUACUCGAAGGUGUGUAAACCAGGAAAGAAGAAGAGAGCGGUGCCGGGUUCUCCUCCAGGCAACCCUGGCUUCCGGACCUUGGGUCGCGGUGACCGGGACCGAGACCGGGACGGGGGGUUUAGUGUAGUGGUCAAACCCCAGACAUGGGCCCCUCAGGAGGGCAAAGCCGUCGGAGGGCCCCUCGACGACCACUGCUACGAGUCCAUCGGGACGGAGGAGUGCGAUCCGGCCUACGAAAACCUGGAAGGAGGUGGCUGGAAGCGAGAGCGGCCCCCCAACACUUGUGCCACCCUGCGGCCGAGGAGGAAGAAAGCCCAGCAGCCCUUGCAGCAGCAGCAGCCCCCUCCGCCGCCGCCGACGCAGCAGACCCCCAAGCUGCAGCACCUGCCUGCCAAAGCCCUGCUGCUGCCGGGGGAGAACCUGUACGAGAGCAUCGGCGACCUGAAGCAGGGCUCUGCCACCUCCAGCACCACCACCAUCUUCACUUUCAACGAUGGCAUGGAGAUGUAUGUAACAGGGCUCUGAGGCGGCUGCACUGUGACCCCCCUGACCUUCCAACACAAGGAGCUGAGCUACACCACGAGGAGUGACGGCUGAGCCCCUGUCAUGCUCACCCACACAUACUGUUUACAUUCAAGUCAUAACAUUAGGCCUUUCACAGGCUCCAGAGGCCUUGGGGCUGUAAUGUUGAUCUGUUAUGACCUGGGCUGAAUAUAAAAGUCCAAUCUAUAAACCUUAUAAGGAAUCCAAAGGUAGUGAAUAAUAAAUGAGCACAAGACCAUUGCAGAGCAAUCUGUAGGUAACAGUAGCACUUCUAUUUUACUGAUACAUAUGUGCAAAGCACAAUAAAGUGAAAAGCCUAAAUUCUUCCUCAAUUCUAGCGGGUAAAAAUAGUCAUAUAUUUGGUCCGAGCAGGACUCUUAUUUGGGGAAAAGGCACAGCAUUGUGUGAAAUAUUUUGGUAGCACUUAGUCUGUCAUGAGCAGGCCUUCCCUGUAGUUGGUCAAGAUGUGAUUCAGGACGAGAUUUAAAUGAUAUAAAAGAAUGAAUUACUAAUCAAGAUACUUGAAAGCUCAGGGACCAAGAGAAACAAUUAUGAGAGUAUUAUAAGAGCAAAUUGCACACAUUUUGCAUUCCUCCUAAAAGCUUCGACUAAUUUAGACCAUUUUCACAUUAAAAAGCCGACCAGAUACUUCCCUCCGUCAUGCUUUGUUUCACCUCACAUGGACUGAACACUGUCUCCCCUGCCGUCUGUAAAUGAAGUGUUUUACUUUGUUGAUCCUGUUUCUGCACUUUGCCUGCUACAAGUUGCAUGCUUAAAAAAGUUGAAAAAAAAUUUACAAAAAAUCAAGCACUGUCAUGUGGUACCUCUAUAUGAAUGUUUUUUUGUUUUUCCUUUCUAUUGUCGUGGGUUGUUUAUUUUCUAGUGCGUUGCUUUAUUUCUCUGUAGAGCUCAAAGCCAGUUAAAGUAAGGAUGUCUUUGGCUCGGUGGGACUCCGUGCAGCAGAGAGGAGCAUUCAUUUUCUCUCCUGCGCCUGCGACACACUCACACAGUACAGAUGAAACAAGACUAAAGAGAACUGCUCGAGUCCUAAAGGUGGAGACAGUCCACUCGACCUCCCCCCUUCCUCCCCUCUCCUCCCACAGCCCCCCCCGUCUGCUCAGUCCUCACUCAUAUCUGUGGACUGUUCAUCUACAUGGUUCCCUGCCUUGUGGUCAUAUGAAUCUGCUUGGGUUUCAUCAUAGUGCAGCGUGGAAAAGCUACAGUAGAACUGAUGUGUAUUAGCAAACGUCACGUCUCAUCGUCACUCCAUCGAUGGACACUCUCUGUUAUCAGUGUUGAAAAUAUUGCAGAAACGACUAAAAUGUGAAGCAAACGGUUCGCUAAGCAGCAGAGCAUCACCCUGAGGAUAACACACACAAAUUACAUCCAAAUCCUGAACAAUAGCGACGAUCUCAUUUGACCAAAUAUCCCCAGCAAACAAUGUGAUUAUACUGUAUGUUGAUGCAACGUGUAUGUACAUGACAAAAGAGAAAGAAUAAUAAAUAUAUCAUCAGUG